AUGUCGGAGCCGCUGCGCGCCUUCCGCCUGCGCGGGUGCGGCAGCCCGCAGAAGUUCGGUGUGGCGGCCGGGAGCCUGCGCGGGCUGCUGCGGAAGGGCUGCCGGCUGCUGCAGCUUCCCUUGCCAGGCAGCCGCCUCUGCCUCUACGAGGACGGGACGGAGCUGACCGAGAGCUACUUCCGCGCCCUGCCGCCGCAGACGGAGCUGGUGCUGCUGGGCCCCGGAGAGACCUGGCGGGGCUGUGAGUGCGCCGGGGCCGGGCGGGCGGCCGCAGGUGCCAGCGACAUCGAGCGGUUCCUGGCUGCCUUCUGCAACCAGAGAGAUGCGGUCGUGGAGGCGGCGCGGAAGCUGCUCUCCGACGAGCGGGCCCCCAGGAGGCAGAAGCUGCUGGUGGAUCUCAUCCACAACCUGAACGAAAACAUCCUGGCCGAGGAGAAGGAGGACGACAAGAAAUGGUUUGAAGGUCUAGAGUCUCGUUUUAAGAACAAAUCAAGCUACAUGCGAUACAGUUGUGAAAGCAGAAUACGAAGCUACAUGAAAGAGGUUAGUAGUUUUAUUUCAAAUGUUCAUCCUACAGCAAGAGAUGCAUAUAAAAGGAUAAUUGACCUGAUGUCAGAUAAACUGAAAUCCGUGAAAUACAACGGAUGCUACUUUGACAGAAGAGAGGAGGAGGCAGUCCGCCUGUGCACUACGGAGGGAUGGUUCUCUUGUCAGGGACCUUUCGACAGAGAUGACUGCCCAUGUAAGCAUUCUAUCAACCCCUACGGUAACAAGGAAAGCAGAAUCCUCUUCAGUACCUGGAAUCUCGAUCACAUAAUAGAGAAGAAACGUGCUGUUGUCCCAGAACUGGCAGAAGCUGUCAAAACACGAGAUGGAAGAGAAGUGAACUGGGAAUACUUCUAUCAGCUGCUGUUUACCGUGGAUAAUUUAAAGCUUGUACAUAUUGCUUGCCAUAAGAAAACCAAUCAUAAUCUCAGCUGUGACAAAACUAAAAUUUACAAAAAAAGGAAGCAAAACCACAAGAUUUCAUAGUACUAUCUCUGGAAGUGACUUCUCCUUUUUUCAAAAUCAUGUCCUGUGGUAUCAUUUUUAAAUAGCUCUAGUUUCUUAAACAAAAACUUAUUUAGGAGUCCCUGGCAAGAGAGACUUGCUAAGUAAUUCAACUGCAAUCUCACAACACAUACAUUCAUAUCAUGCCUAAUUCUACUCUCCCGCCUUCUCACUCACUACAAGCCUUCCUCAGAUCACACUGUGUGAAGUGCAAUAAAAUACAGCUGUGAGUCACAGUAUAAAAAUGAGGCCAGAGGCUGACACUGAUUACGCCCUACAGUCUCUUUCUUGCCAUGGCAAAGGGAGGCCCAAAACUCACAGUACACAGAAAUGAAACUUAAAAACUAAUCUGAGGGGACUUGUAGACUCAUAUUUCUCUGAACAUUAAGCCAGAAAAAGAAUAGGAUAAUUAUUUUGCUCUGUGCCUUUUCCGGGUAGACAACCACUGUAUUUCAGGUAUGCCGAAGGGCGAUGCAGUGCCAGAGCUGCUGGCUCUUCUGUACCAAAAUACCUGCACUCCUCCACGACCACUCCGUUUGCUGUUGCUUUAGGCAUGCAUCUCCUAGAAGGAAGGCGAGGCCACGGCAUAUCUUUGCUUUCACCACCCUUGUUCUUUGUCAUCUUUCCCAUUGAUUUCCCUCUCCUUUCAAACAGCUUCUGCCGCUUUAGCUUGAGUUUGCUUGAAGCAGUACAAGCACUGUUACUGUGUAAUAAUCACGUUUACCUGCUGCUUUAGAGAACAUUGCUUUUGUAAAACAAUUCCUACCUCAGGUGACAAAUUACAAAUAGAUCGAUUUUUCCUUGAUUUUUUUUUUUUUUUUUUUAAAUAUUGGCUGAUAGCAACUGAACUUUUAGGGACUGUCAGUGUAAACAACGCGAAUUUUUUUUAAAUAAAAAAACUACCACCAUCUUUCUGUAUGUGUAUGUGGAGGCAGAGGUGUACGAGUGGUUAAUCAGGUGUAAUAUAGCUUGGCCAAUACAAAGACUGAGCGCAGGGAAACGUGUUUAUGAGUGGAGGACUAGUUAGUUACUGCUAUGGAAGUAACAUCACUCGUCUCCAGGAAGAGCUCUGUUGUCCCCCAUGUCUCUGGUCCUCUUUCUGACCUGGGCAAAUCCCACUAGUCCACACAGAAUUGUAUUAAGACAGUAUUGCUGUGUGAGCCAUAACUUACUAGGUCUUGGAAAUGCGGGAGCUUUCCUACAGAGAGUGUUGUUUUACUGUAAACAAACUCAAUCCCCCUCCCAAACAUUUCAACGUGAAAAGUAAGUUGGUGCAUUCUAAAUACAGGAUUUCUAAUACCAAUGCAUUGAAUCGAUCCUUCCAGAUUGCCUUACUGAAUAUACGUCAUCGGUAAGUAAGAUGGAAAUGCACACUAUACUGUUUCGACACUGGGGAAGGCAUCACAGCUAAGAUUCCGAUGACAAACACAAUCAUCUGUAUGGCACACUUCCUACAAACUGAAAAUCACCAUUUUACACAGUGCUGAAACUAAAAUGAGCGUCUGUGUGGGAAGACAUAUUUGCUAGAAAGAGACGGUAGCAAGUACAGCAUUUAAGGAAAGCUGGGAGAGCUACUUCAAGAUGGAGUUGUGCUGAAAACCAUGAAUAUGCUAUUAAAAAAUUAGAUUUUUCUGUGUUACAGAAUUAGAGUGAAAAGGAGCCAAGAAAUAUCGUUGACAGAAACAAUGCAUCAGCUGGAGUGGAAAUGUGAAUAAAUUAACAU